GGCGGCGACGCGCAAAUUCGAAUUUCGAAGCCGUUGCAGUGUGCUGUUUGGUUGAUGAACGGUGACACCACCACCACCACCACGACGACACGAAGCAGUGGCAACACAGAAGCAGCAGCGGGUGACACGGGAUGGCCUUGCCAACGAUGCGAACUGGCCGCUUUGCCAGCAAGUUCAACGCGGAGCGAGCAAUUGCUUUGCGAAGGGAGCAAGAUGCCAUGCGGCAGCGCCAGUAUGAGCGGGAUGCACGCUUUUUCCAACACAACACAGCCAUUGCCGCGAAGCAAAGGCAAUGGAGCUCACGCAGCUCGUUCGAGUCGAGCAUGCGAUCUUGGAUGGCCAUGUCAGAGAAGGACGACAAAGCACAGCGCCUCGAGGACCGUAAGCGACGCCUCCUGAAGCAACUCAAUCAGGAAAACGAGCAAUAUGAGGCGGAGCUGAGAGGACGACCACGCACGAUGCACGACAAAUACCAAGAGAUGCGCUCGCGUGCGCAGACAUUGCGAACAGAGAGGGAGACAGAGCGACAGAACCUUGCCCAGCAGCAGCUGCACCAGGCGUGGGCACAGGACCACCCGGAGAUUCGGCGGUUUGAGUCUGCGCGGCUGCAGCGGCUGUAUGAGAAGGAACGCGACGAGCAGGUUGAGGAGAAGCGACAGGAGGAGGAGGCGGCACAACGUCAGGCCGCACUCGAAGCAGAGAGGAUCAACCGUGAUGUCGAACGAGCGCGUCAGGAGGCGAUGGAAGAAGCAAAGCGACAACUGCAAGCGGAAAAGCAACACAAGACAGAACUGCAGCAACAAAUGGAAGAAUUACGGCAGCGCGAUGAAGAGGCAGAGCGCUACCAGCGCGAAUACGAGCAGCUCCUGCUCGAGCAGCACCGUCUGCUGCAGGAGCAAGAGGAGCGGCGUGUGCGCGAGGCGAAGGACCAGCAAAUCCGAUACAGCCGUGCACUGCGCUCGCAGCACAAGGCGCAGAUGCUGCGGCGGGCGAAGGAGGUGCAGGAGGCGUUGGAGGCGGACCUGCGGCUGCUGGACACGCUUGAGCAGGCCGAGGCCGAGGAGAAGGAGCUGCAGCGUGAGCGCCGAGUGCGUGCGAUGCGGGAUGUGGAGUGGAUGAAACAGGAAGUCAAGCGGCAGAUGGACAUUGAGCGCCGCCGUCAGGACGAAUUCGAACAGCUCUACAGGGACGAGGCAGCGCGCAUGUACGCGAAGCAGGAGGCCGAGUGGGCGCGUGAGGAAGCAGCGCGACAGCGGCUGAUGGAGGAAGUGCUGCGCGAACGACGGCUGCAGCUGCAGGAGCGAUUGGACCGGCUCAAGGAGAAGCAGCAGGACUCCAUUCGCGCGCGCCAGGAGCUCCUCAGCGUCAUCGAGGCCACAAAGCGGGAGACGGAGCGAGAGCGCGCGACAGAGCGGCAACAGCGAAUACAAACGGCGCGAGACCUGGACAUGCAGGUGCAGCAGCAGAUGGAGGAGGAGAGAAGACGACAGCAGCAGCAGCGCGAAUUGCUCGAGCGAGAAGAGGCUGCCCGGCGCGCAGAGGAAAUUGCAAUUGAGCAGGAAAUUGAGCGGAGAAAGCAGUCGAUGUUUCAGGCGCCAAAGUUUGGCCGUCGCCGCGUUGUCUGGGACUGAUGAUGAUGAUGAUGAUGAUGAUGAUGAUGAUGAUGAUGAUGAUGAUGAUGAUGAUGAUGAUGAUGAUGAUGGCUCUUUUGUCUUCGCGCACUGCCACCGCUCGUCGCACACACUCCGCAGGCAUUGCAUGAUGCAAGCAGGGCUGUGGUGAUUGUUUUCCAUUGCUUGCUUCUUGCAUGUCAAGCCUUUGUCAUUGUUUCCUUCCCUUGAUGCACUCCUUUUCUGCAUCUGACCUGUUAAGCAAUUGCACGAACCACCAUGUUUUUACUUUGCUUGGCUGCUGUACUUUCAAUUACCUAAACGGUGCGAACGAAG